AUGAUUGUAUUGAUACUCUAUUAUAUUUACCGAUGGUUAAGUGCACCAUGGACAUACUAUGAAAGUGCACGAGCCCGUAGGGUCAUACAUCAAAAUUCGUUUGCUAGAAAAGCGAGAGCUGGACUUUCACAUGGAGAAGAUGAAGAACAACAUAAAAGAAUCGCAGCCGAACUUCGACGACAUGAACUCGCUGGAUUAAUAUGGGUUUUGAUAUCACCUGCUGUUGCUGGCUACCUAUUGCAGUACAGCCGACAAUUGGUCAGUAAUGCCGAUCGAUAUGUUAGCUCUGUUAAUAUCACAGUUUUCAUACUCGCUGCGUCAAUAAAGCCUGCUACACACUUAAUGAACCUCUUGCAUGAGAGAACCAUCUUUUUGCAGAAUACACUUCAGAUAUCUGAUUCUCAGGUUGAUCUGCUUCAAAAAAAGAUUGAUAAACUCCAAAAAGAAAUGGAUCAUCUUCAUCGAGCGUUUGCAACCAAAAAGGAAUUUGCCCAAGUAACAGAGGACAUCCAUCCGACUGUCCAACAGCUAAACAAGGCAAUCAAAAGAUUCGAGAAACGAGAACAAGCUCUGAGAAAUUGGACAGACGAGCAUUUCACAACUAUCGAAACAAAAAUCCAGGAAUUCGAUCAAUAUAUUUGUUACCGUCUUGAACAAGAGCAACGUCAGCAAACGCAUAGUACUCUUUACACUCUCAUUUUGUUACCACUCAACCUAUUAUUUUGGAGCGCAAAUUGUAUGACCAAGUAUAUGCCUUUCAUCCACCGUGGUCAACAACGCUUGCUAACAGCAACAGCAAAUAUGCCCCCAAAGGGAACGGCAGUGAAAGCAGACUCGCAAAGAGCAAAUCACAAGUUAAAAGCAGUGUCGCAUUCGCUCACUGGGUGUUAA